UAUUUUGAGUUCCCCGGAACAGAUGAGAGAAAAACAGCGAUGACUGUCGUAGAAGCGGCCUUAUGCUUUCUGAUGAUUCAAAGCAUCUUUAAAGACUUAAGAGUGAAGGCAGACACAGUGGAUGUUUGUGCCUCUUGCCAUCAAAACGCCACCUGUGAUGAUAAAACCGACAGAUCUGGGGGGAAAGUGUGCAACUGCAUGUAUGGGUUUGUCGGCAAUGGGAGGACUUACUGCCAAGAUAAAGAUGAGUGUCAGCUGGGUAAAAUCUGUGGCGAUCACACCAAGUGUCACAACACAUAUGGCAGCUAUUACUGCACCUGUCUCACAGGCUACAGCCCAUCCAAUCACAUGAACACAUUCAUACCCAAUGAUGGAACGUACUGCCAUGAUAUAGACGAGUGUGGUGUGCAGGGGGUCUGUGGGGAAGGAGGUCUCUGUCACAACACAGAGGGAGAUUUCACCUGCUCCUGUCAGACGGGUUACACAGUCCAGAAUGGGUCAGAACCCUUUAAUCCAAACCGGGAUGCAGCUUACUGCAAGGUGAUAGACUGUGGGUCUCCUCCAUCAGUCCUCCAAGCUGAGCAGCUCUCCGCCACGAUCACACACUUCAACAGUGAACUCCAGUACAGCUGCAGGGAGGGAUUUCAGUGGAAGGGAGGACAGAAUUCUUCAGUCUGUGGUCUGGAUGGAGAGUGGCACGGACCCAGUCUGGUCUGCGAAGAAGUGGACUGUGGGGAGCCUCACGUUUUUCCUCAGUCAAAAACGGUUUGGAAUAACAUCUCACGCAUGGGAUCAUUGGCGCUGUAUGUGUGUGAGCCAAAUUUUUAUAACAGUGGGCGUGAGAAUGUAUCGGUAUGUACUGCUCGUGGGACAUGGAGCCGUCCUGACUUCCAAUGUGAAGAGAUACAGUGCGGUUCUCCUCCGGUCCUGCCUCAUUCAGUGUUGUUCUGGAACGGUGUCAGUAAGAUUGGUUCUGUGGCUCUGUAUGACUGUGAUGUUGGAUAUCGCAGUUUGGAUACAGGAAAUAUGUCUGUGUGUGAAAGUGACGGUCAGUGGAGUAACCCAGACUAUUCUUGUGAAGAGAUUGUGUGUGGGGAGCCGACUAUACUGCCCCUCACUGUACAAAUAUGGAAUGGCAGAGUCACAUUUAACAGCACUGUAACAUAUCACUGCAAACACGGUUACUAUGCUAAACAAGGACUUAAUAUAUCUGUGUGCGCUGAGAACGGUUACUGGACAAAACCAACUCUGUUGUGCGAAGAGGUGAACUGUGGAGUACCGCCCUCUCUCCCCCUCUCUGUUAUGAUAUGGAGAGGAGACACUAAAGUUGGAUCUAGUGUGUCUUAUAAGUGCAUUGAGGGAUUUCAUAAUGUUAGGGAAGGAGAUACGUCAGUUUGCGAUUCAGAGGGAAUCUGGAGUCAUCCAGAUUUUCUGUGUCAAGAAGUAGACUGUGGCGUCCCCGUCUCACUACCUCACUCAGUUGUGUUGUGGAAUAACAGCUCCAGUCUGGGCUCUGUGGCCCUCUAUGUGUGUGAAGCUGGAUAUCGCACUGUGGGUGAAGGGAAUGUGUCAUUGUGUAACUCAGAUGCAAAGUGGAGCAAAGUUAACAUGAGAUGUGAAGAGAUAAACUGUGGGCCUCCCCCAGAAUUCCCACUAACAGAUAUACACUGGAACAAAGCAUCUACACUGGGCAGUGUGGUUCAGUACAAAUGUAAAUAUAGACUCAUACAGGAGAGUGACAAAAACAUGACAACAUGUACAUCAGAAGGAACAUGGGAAAAAGUGUCUGUAACAUGUACAGCACAUUGUGGUCCUGCGCCAGAGGUGCCACACGCAGCGGUAGCAUGGGACAACAGCACUGCAGUGAUCCACCGCUGUGUUAAAGGACACUACAGACACACAGGAAGUGACAUUUCAAUAUGUGACAUCACAGGAAAUUGGCAGAUUGCCACCUUGCAUUGCAAAGAGUUGAAACUGACAAUUAACGAUCUGGUGGUGAUUAAUGAAAGAUGUCUGCGCUGGAAUGCAGAGAAUGAGGGUUAUAGGGAGAAAUACACAGUGACAUUCGUUGGAUUGCGAGACUUUGAGCAGCUGUUCAGUGACAGGAGGAAAAAGAUAUUCAGCUCCUCUGCCCUGUGGCCUGUUCUCUGUUUGAAUCUCUUGCCUGCCACAAACUAUUCUAUAACCAUUACAGCCGAGUCCACGCGAGCCACGUCUACAGUUACAGCAAACACUAGCAUACCAGUUCCCCCCACCCCAGAUAUCAAAUAUAGUGAGGUAGAGGCUUCAUCGCCCACUCUGAAAUUACGGAAAUCCACCAACACACUUGACUCAAUAUGUAUGUACCAGGUGUUUGUGAUACCAGUCGAGGGCGUGAUGCUGUUUGACUGCAGCUCGUCUGUAAGUCCGCGGUUCCUCGCGCAGCAGAGAUGUGACGGAGGCUACGUUACGGCCCAGAUACAACUCGGUGGUCUGGCCGCAGAAAUCAACUUCACCAUAGGGGAUCAGCAGCUGUAUGGAGACUUCUUCAACGCCCCUCUGGAAAAUGGAAAAGACUAUUAUGUCAUCCUCCGCACUGUGUGUCAGUGGGGAAAGUCUAGAACACAGUCCUGUGUGAUCUGGGCUAAAGCCAGAGGAACAUCCUUCAUCAUGAAGAUAUCUGCUCUUGUAACUGUUGGAUCCAUAAGUGCUGUUGGCUCACUCAUUGUCAUGGGAUACUGGUACAGCUGGUACUGUAAAAAGUCAAGUCCCAGAUUUUUUUCUGCGCCAAUCUUAACAUCUUACACGGAUUGAUUUGUUCUGAAAUAAAGC